AUGACGGUCCUUUCACUAUUCUCGCUUCCUUUCGUUGCGCUUAUUCUCUCAUUAUGGAGCUCAUCUGCCUUUGCAUUGUCGGACUAUCAUGAGCAUCUCCUCCUACAACCUCUCCCGCAAUCCUCCUUACUAGCUUCGUUUAACUUCCGAAGCAAUACAUCACAACAGUCAUUCGACCAACAACAUUUUAGAUAUUUGCCUCGCGCCCUUGGUCAAAUCCUUCAACACGCUCAUACAAAAGAAUUGCACCUCCGAUUCACCACGGGAAGAUGGGAUGCUGAAAGCUGGGGCUCACGGCCAUGGAACGGCAGUAAAGAAGGAGGCACUGGCGUCGAGCUUUGGGCGUGGAUUGAUGCGCCAGGUGACGAAGAGGCUUUUGCCAAAUGGAUCACCCUGACGCAGUCACUCUCUGGCUUGUUCUGCGCAUCCCUGAACUUCGUGGACUCUACCCGGACCACUCGACCUGUGGUUUCUUUUGAACCAGCUGGGGACCACUCAGCCGCCGAUCAACUGCACCUUUUGCAUGGCACGCUUCCUGGAGAGGUAGUUUGCACAGAGAAUUUGACUCCUUUCUUGAAGCUGCUUCCUUGCAAAGGCAAGGCUGGAAUCUCCUCAUUAUUUGACGGGCACAAACUGUUCGAUGCCGCAUGGCAAAGCAUGUCAGUUGAUAUCCAACCGGUCUGUUCUGCAGACGGAGAAUGUGUAGUUCAGAUCGAGCAAACCGUAGAUAUGGUGUUGGAUAUUGACCGGUCCAAGCGCUCUCGUUCGAACCCAAUUCCCCGGCCUGUACCUAAUGACCAGCUGGUUUGUGACACUUCCAAGCCUUACAAUUCAGAUGAUACCUGUUACCCGCUGGAGAACGCGAACAACAAGGCGUGGAGUCUUGCAGAAGUCUUUGGGCGAAGUCUAAAUGGCGUUUGUCCUCUUGCAAAUUACGAUGGGUCUAGCGAUCAAAGUGUCUGCCUUCGGGUGCCCCAUGAACGGGGUGUCCUCAUCUCUAAAGGGGCUAAUGAAAUCAAGAAAGAGGAUGGCUUUACGCGCUGUUUCCAAUUGGCGCCGUUGGUUCCCUUUGAUCUAUCGAUUCCACAGCAGUCAGUGAACACUGAAGCUCCGUUGGAUGAGCCUGUUUUGCAUGCAGAGCGAACUAUCGUUGGCCACGGUCAAGAGCGCGGUGGAAUGCGCAUCAUAUUUGGUAAUCCAUCAAACACCAGCGCAGUUGACUUUAUCUAUUUUGAGUCUCUUCCGUGGUUCUUGCGACCCUACAUACACACCUUGCACGCCACAAUCACAGGGCAUGACGGAGUUCUGCGCGAAGUCCCAGCCUCUGAAAUCAUCAAAGAGACAUACUACCGACCGGCCAUUGAUCGCGAGCGUGGCACCCAAUUAGAACUAGUGCUGUCUCUCCCGGCCGCAUCAACCGUCACGUUGACCUACGACUUUGAGAAAGCCAUUCUUCGGUACACCGAGUACCCACCAGAUGCUAAUCGAGGGUUCAACGUUGCACCUGCAGUAAUUCGGGUCUUGGAUAAGGCCCACAACACGCCGAUUUACAUCCGUUCCACGAGUCUGCUCCUUCAACUCCCCACCCCGGAUUUCAGCAUGCCAUACAAUGUGAUCAUUCUCACUAGCACCGUCAUUGCCCUUGCAUUUGGAACUAUCUUCAACAUCCUGGUUCGACGAGUUGUCUCUCUAGAUGAGGCCAUCGCUCUUAGGACGCAGACUUUGAAAGGGCGGAUCCUGGGGAAAGUGGUGGCUAUUCGUGAUCGACUACGUGGAAAGGAAACUAAAGUCGAGUAG